GCAUUGGGGACGAGGAAGAGCUCAAAUAACCACCGGAGUCCUGGAAAUGCGCCGAUGAGGACUAUGAUUUAUGACCGCACUUGGUUCGCUUUCCCCGGGCUAUCUCUCUAUAAACCUCGGUGUUUAAUUAGGGCUGAGGAAUACAAUGGAAUAUUUUAAAGGAAUUAACGCAGGAGUGGUUGUUUCAAAUACGUCUUCUAUUUGUACCUCCUGAUUCAAAGGCUAGAUCGUCAGGAGUCUAGGUGGUGGUGGUGGUGUCCAUGGGACCCGUCAUGCCUCCCAGUAAGAAGCCUGAGGCGUCUGGCAUCAGCGUGGCCAGCGCCAGCCUCUCCCACCUCUACCAGGCCAGCUCGCUGCAGGAGGCAGAGGAACUCGACCUGGCCUUCCCCGCCCCCUUGGCCCUCCCCUUGGCACCCCUCACCGACGGAGCCGCCAAGCCUGAGAAAGGCACCUCCACCCCAGGUAUGGAGGACGAGGAGUUGACCAACCUCAACUGGCUCCAUGAGAGCAAGAACCUGCUCAACAGCUUUGGAGACCCUGUCCUGCGCAGCGUCAGCCCAGUGGGUGGCGAAGGGGGUGUGGCCGGUAACCGCGGCGAUGGGGACCACGACAACAUGCCGCCAUCGCCGAUAGCGGGCGGGGACCUGCCGUACGACGCCGAUCGGAACCCCAACUGUAAGCCUCCCUAUUCAUUCAGCUGCCUGAUCUUCAUGGCCAUUGAGGACGCUCCGUCCAAGAGGCUGCCGGUGAAGGAGAUAUACACCUGGAUCCUAGAACACUUCUCCUACUUUGCCAAUGCUCCCACAGGCUGGAAGAACUCUGUCAGGCACAACCUGUCCCUCAAUAAGUGCUUCAAGAAGGUUGACAAGGACAGGAGCCAGAGCAUUGGGAAGGGGUCCUUAUGGUGUAUAGAUCCUGAGUACAGGCAGAAUUUGAUUCAGGCUUUGAAAAAGACACCUUACCACCCUCACGCCCAGGUCUUCUCAACGCCACCCACCUCUCCUCAGGCAUAUCAGAGCAUGUCCAGUCCUCCCCUAUGGCCAGGGAGUCCCUUCUUCAGAAGACAUGGAGGAGUCCUCCUACAAGUCCCCCAGGGAGUGAUCCAGAACGGAGCCAGAAUGAUGAGUCAUGGGCUGUACCCGGGAAUACGACCACUACCCAUCAAUCCCAUAGGGAUCAGAACAGCUGCUGACAGGUCAGUGCUGUCCGGAGGCUGUCGGAAGCGUAGCGACAGUAAUCCCCCCUGUGACUCCACAUUGGUCAGCAGCGAUCCCAAGGAAGACCACACCUACAGCACCAACCAUUCGGAUGACGGCAGCGACUACACCAGCGACUCCAGUCUCCGCCCCAUUGCCCGUGACGUCGCCAAUGAUUCAGACUUUGACUACGGGGACGUCGAAGACGACAAGAGCAAGAUCCAGCUGGAGAUCAAGAAGGAGGAGCAGCGCGAUUGGCCUAUAGACACGUUAGACUCCACCCCUUCCAGCCAGCAGCACAACAAGAAGCGGCAUCACUUCCUGAAAGCCAAGCAGCGGAUGGGCGUGGCUAGCGACACCCUCCCGCUAAAAAAACGGCGCGCAGAAAAGCCGCCAGAGAGUGAUGACGAGGAGAUGAAGGAGGCUGCGGGUUCGCUGCUCCACUUGGCUGGCGUCCGGGCCUGCUUGAACAAUAUCACCAACAGAACAGCCAAGGGCCAGAAAGAACUGAAAGAAACCACAAAAAACUGACCACAGAAAG